AUGUAUAAAGCGUCUGAGGUGAUGGGACAGCUGUCUAACACUUUUACGCUUGAACCGGUUCCAAAAAAUGAAUAUGGCCAAUUUUACAUAGGAGAUGCUUACGUUUGCCUUAAUACCAAACAUCUGGAUCAGUGGGAUAUUCAUUUCUGGCUGGGCGAGGAGUCAACCACAGACGAGAUCGGUACAGCCGCCAUUAAAACCGUAGAAAUUGAUCAAGCACUUGGUGGUUGGCCGGUACAACAUAGAGAAAUCCAGAAUCACGAGUCCGCGCUAUUUCUAUCAUAUUUCCCAAAUGGAAUACGUUAUAUUAUGGGCGGAUACGAUUCAGGAUAUCAUCAUGUUGAGGAUAUGUUCAAAGAUUUUAAACCACGAUUGUAUCACUGUAAGGGAAAGAGAAACGUUCGUUGCACUCAGGUUGAAUUCAAAAAAGAGUCUCUAAACCUUGGAGAUGUUUUUCUCCUGGACUUAGGCCGAGAAAUCUAUGUGUGGAUGCCACCCGAGAGUGGACGACUGGAGAGAAUCAAGGGAAUGGCUCGAGCUAAAAAUAUUGCAGAUCUCGAACGGACUGGACAGUCAACCGUACAUAUUUUGGGUUCGGAUCAUGAGAUUCGCAAAAAAAAGAGUCACAGUAAAAAGAGAGUAUCGGAUGAGUCAGGUUCUAUGAAAGUUACAAAAGUGGCUCAAGGAGAAAUGAAACAAAGUUUACUUGAUACAAAGGAUGCGUUCAUCCUAGACGCCAUCAACGGAGGGAUUUUUGUUUGGGUGGGAAAAGGUUGUACGCUUGGCGAGCGAGCGAAGGCAAUGAUUUGGGGAGAGAAUUAUCUUAGAGAGAAGAAAUUACCGCCAUGGACUCAAGUUACGAGGGUUCUUGAAUCGGUUGAACCUACUUCUUUUACACAGUGGUUUGGUGAAUGGGAAGACAGCAAAGUGAAAAGGUCUUUCGAACCUCGUCUCUUCCAAGUUUCAGAUGAAAGCGGUAAAAUGGUUGUAGAAGAAAUUGCUAAUUUUAAUCAAGAGAGUCUGGAUGGGGAUGAUGUUAUGAUCUUGGAUGCGCUAUACACAAUUUAUGUAUGGGUUGGAGCAGGAGCGAACCAAGAGGAGAAGAAAAGAGCGCAUGAUACUGCCAAAAAAUAUCUAAACGAAGGGAAUUUGCCGCGGAAAAAGGAAACAGCUAUUGAAACAAUAUAUCAAGGACAUGAAACAACCUCAUUCAAGAAGUUUUUCCCAUCCUGGAACGAUGAAAUGUUCGAGAGUAGACAAACUCUUCGCAGCUCCUACAUACAACGAAUGCCGGCCACAUCAAGUUUCGACGCAUUCAGUUGCUGCUUUUCAGAAAGAAGACGUUCCAGCUUGAACAAACACGAACGGAGUUAUGGCGACGUGGAGAUCUCUGCUGUUAAUUUCCUCCCAGAAAUAAGUUGCGCUCGGGUGAGGUCCUUGAGAAUGGAGUUCGCUCUUCGCUCUUGGAUUGUGAAUGCACGAAGCUAUCUCGUCCUUUUCCAUGUUCAUCAAAUCCCUGAGUUCUUCGGCUACUACUUUUUCUCACUCCUCGAUCUAGAAAAUUGUUCUAUAUGCUAUGUUAGUUAA